AUGGUGCGGCUCACGCCCUUACGCUCACUAUGCGUCUCUCUGGUCAUUUGUCUCCUACUCACGUUUCCUCUGAUCUCAAAGAUCCUUGACCGUCAGCGGGGCUACGAUCUCCUCGACCCACAAUUCAAAUCAGACCGACAACCACUCUCGGACGAUGUGCCAUAUGGAAUCAAGUGCUCGCCUUUCGCCGCAGGGGUGAUGGACAAGGUCACCAUCGUACUGAAGAUGGGAGCCGGAGAAGUGUCCACGCGUCUACCAGCCUACUUGAACCGCCUCGGCCGGUGCGGCCAGGACAUUCUGCUCUUCUCAGACCGACAGCACCGGUACGACGCCCUGGAAAUCCACGACGCCCUCGCGAACCUCGACCCGAAAUAUCGCCACGACAACCCAGACUUUGAAAUGUACGACCAGUACAAUGACGACGCGAGUCAACAGCAACGUGUCCACGACAAUGACGGAAAAGAAAAGUCGCGAAAAGGCUGGCGGCUGGACAAGUACAAGUUCCUCCCCAUGAUGGAGUUCACGCGGCACCUGCGGCCCAAGUCACACUGGUUUGUCUUUAUCGAGCUCGACACCUACGUCAACUGGGACAACAUGCACCGUUUCUUGGUGAGAUUCGACCCCGCGACACCCUAUUACUUUGGCUCUCCCGUGUGGCCGCACAAGAAGCCAAUUUUUGCCCACGGAGGCACCGGCUUCGUACUCUCCUCAGCGGCCCUGGACAAGUUGGUGGCCCACGGGUCGAAAUUUGUCGGCCGAAGCAAAAAGGACAGAUCGUCAUACCUACCAGGCACCCACCUGUUCGGCAAAGACAUGCAACACGAGUGUUGCGGUGACGAGGUGUUGGCGGGCGUUCUCAAGGAAAGCGGCGUGACCUUGCGAGGGUACUGGCCCAUGUUCAACGGAGAGAAACCAACCACGGCACGCUUCGGUCGGGAACAGUGGUGCGAAGCCAUACUGACGCUUCACCAUCUCGACACCGAGGACUUUUUGGAGCUCCAACGGUGGGAGCAGACGACGACUUCUUCACGGCGUGACCGCUCCAAACCUCUGACGUUCGAGGAACUUUUUUUUGGCCUCGUCGAACCUUUGAUCCGAGACCGACGUGAGGACUGGACCAACAUGUCUGAGGACGUGGUGUAUGAUGAGGACGAUAAAAACCGCGCCGGUAAGUCCUACGAAGCAUGCUUGAAGGCUUGUACGGCAAACGAAAGGUGCAUCCAAUUCGAACAUUUUGGUCACACUUGUCGACUGUCGUACGACAUUCGUCUCGGUCAUCGUCAAUUACCCAACGGAGGGAAGAGAUGGACGUCAGGCUGGUUGAUGGAGAGGAUACAUGAUUUCAAGGCCAGUCACUCGCCGUGUAAUGGCGCUCAUAUCGUCCACGCCAAUCCGUGA